AUGCUCGUACAUCUUGCCGUUGCGCUCUUCCUCGUUGGACUCGUCAUAUUCCUAUUCACUGUCAAUACCGUACUCGCAAGCUUCGUCGCAGCGGCUACGGGUAGUACCAUUCUGACUUACGCCGCUCCGAGCUUUAUCCCGUUCCUUGACGAGAGCUGCCCCUACCGCACACCACUCACAGAUGCAUUAUCGGCAGUCUCCUGGUUCCUCUCGCGAUUUAGCAGAAGCAAGGAGGCGCAACAGCUUGGACUUCCUAAGUGGACAACUUCUAAAAGAGAAAUUCCGGUCAAAGAGAAGGAAGGCCCCCUGAGCUCAGAACGUAUGACGUUCAUCUGGGCUCGCGCCGGUUCUUACCUGCUUCGACCGGAAGGAUUUGGGCCAUUCUCAAAUUACAUGACCGUGGUUGCCGAUAUGCGCAAUAAAGCAUUUGUCCGAGAGCUCGUCAAGGGCGGCUUUGUGGAUCGGGCGUUGCGCCAGCAUAUCGAAUCCUUCGAGACGAUGAAGCUUGCGGACGUGCUGGGAGUACUUCGUCUAUCCUCUUUCAUCGUUGAAAGCUGUGGCGUGGAUGAGAGAUGGAGAACGGCUAGUUGGAACGUCUGCAUACCCUUUGCCAUGAAGAGGUUCCGCGCAUUGCUGAUGUCGGGGAGUUCAUACGACGAGCUGGAGUGUUUCGACAUGAUCAUAGCAUUGACUAGGUUGCGUAAGGCCAUUGCUGGUCCUAUCCGGUCUAGACUUCCGCAAGCGGGCGAGGCAUUAAUGGCGCAUGUCGAAUCGGUCGUGCAGUUCAAGACCCUUCCUGUGUACUCAGAGCAGGAUCCCAUCACGCAUUUAUCCGAGGCCAACUUAUUCAGUCUCGUAGCCCAUGCGCUGACGAUACCGGUCGAGGCCCUACAUCGCGACGGCGACACAAUGCGCAAUCUGCUUGAAAGAGAGCUGAAGUUGGAUUGUGGGGAAUCAGGCUGGAGGCCGAGCAGCGAGCGUCCUCUCGCAUCGCUCGAACUCAUUCGCGUUCUUCAGAAGCUCGGAUUGGAUUCCUGGAUGUACCCAGGCUCCUCGCGCGUUAUUUCCAAUACCCAGAAGCCGUACGACUUACUGCUAUUAGGGAAGCUAUCCUGGGCCACCGGUAUACUGAAGAACCUGGUACAACGCGUACGGUUCGACGAAAUGAUCCCACCGACAUUCCCUCUUCCCUUUGAUUCUGAACUUGGUUAUGCCGCCAUGAGCCAGGUGGCAGGUCCAACAAUCGCCUCGCCAGCUGCACCAACGCCGUCCUUCCCAUCUCUUCCGUGGCGCUUAGUGGUGUAUGGAGCUGAGAAUGGAAAUUCGGCUGAGAGUGGCACGUCCUCGCAUAUCCCACUUCUUGUCCGUAGCGAUGGCGGAACCGAGGUAACCGUUACUGAACGUAGUCCCGGAGAGGGAAGAUCCGAUGGCACUGGGAAGUAUUAG